GUUUCAGCCGUGCCUUGCUGGCUUUCUUCCUGAUCAGCUCCUUCUCGGAUUGGCCUGGAGGGACGUUGUCGUGGAGUUGUGGUCUGGUCUGGUCUUCAGUGUAAAACGACUUGGCGAUUCAGGAGAGACGAGGAGAGACAGGAGAGGAGGCAGGAGGGACGUCCGUUAGCUGCGCCUCACGUGAAAAGCAUCACGUGCGUUUACCCUUCCCUACGCCAUUCGCCUCGCCUCGCCUCCUCUCGCAUGUACCAGCUGGCGGCGAGACGAGUUUCAAUUUUCAAAAAUCGUCGAGUGCGAUUCUGAUAGUCUCGGGGUGGGAAGAGAAGAGAAGCUGAAGUUGACGCACAGCCCGCCCGACCAGCCAUGGCGGAUGUGGCCGUCCGUGACUAAUCAACGGCAUCUAUUCAUCGGCCAGGGCGAUCGUGCGUGAUUCUUUCUCCCCUAAACCUGACAGCAUUCCUGGUCGGAUUUGUUUUGGGCGCAUCGUCAUCAUGAUGGGAAUUGGGAGCAAGCGGUACUUUUAGUCGGGGCCAGGAUUGAUGCGCGGCGCAUGUCGACGGGCGCCAUAUCUACCCGCAUUGGAUCGUCUGGGUAGUAAAGCCUUAGUUGGAAGCAGUCGUUGCUUAGUAGGCGCAGUGCAGUUAGCUGUUAUCGGUACAUAAUAGGCGUCAAGUUCUGUGCCAGCAUUGAAAGCUUUCUAGCCCCUUCUGCGCAUGACAGGAUUCGAACCCGGGGCAUUCGUUCUCGACAAUGGCAGCGGCUACUCCUCCCAGUGGGGCCGACUGGUCUCGCGGCGUCGAUGACGAGGUCUUCUCGCCGAGUGGUCUCGCCGCGUUUGCCGCCGCGAAUCCCGCUGACGAUGACUCGGCCGGUCUUCCUUUUACUACCUGCUCCGCGGGGAUUUCAGCUAACAGCAUCGUCCCGGUUAUGGACACUCCACUGAUGGAUCCCCUUAUAACGGAUCCGCCGCCGGUGGCGAGGGCCCUUCAAUACGAGAACGCGUCGCUGGUCUCGUUAGUGGAGCAGCAGCAUCAGUCGAUCGCGGCGCUACGGCAGCGCGCGACGACGGCGGAGCGCGAGAAGCGGUCGCUUAAGGACGAGCUGGCGCUGCUUAGAGACGCGCUGGCGGCGCGCGACGAGCAGGUGGAGGAAAUGGCGGUGCGGGUGGAGGAGGUGGAGGGGGAGCUGGAAGAGCGGGAGAGGGCGGGGCGAGGGGGACAGGAGGGGGAGGAGAGGGAGGAGAGGGAGGAGAGAGGGGAGAGGGAGGAGAGGGAAGAGGGCAGGGAGGAGAGUUGUUUGGAUGGUUUCGAGAAAAGCGCGCAAGGCCCAACGGGGGAAGAGGAGGAGGCUGAGAACGACGCGCGGACGGAUGACCUCUGCGCGCAAUACGCUGUGAGGCGCAGAAUUGGCGGAGGGGCGGAAGAGAGCGGCGGGGUGGCGCGCCUCUCGUUCCCCGCGGCAGCGACAGGGCGGCGGAGAGAGGAAACCAGCGGCCGCGGUGGUGGUGAUGGUGGUGGGGAGGCCUGGAGAGAGGAAGACGGGGAGCAGAAGGAGGUGGUGUGCGGUGCAGGAGGGUACGGGUGUGGGGAGAAGAGGGGGGUUUGUGAGCGGGAUGGCGUUGCUUGUCGUGACGUGAGGAGGAGUGCAAGGGGCCAUCGUGGUGCACUCACACGGUCUGGCAAGCACAUGGGCGGAGGUGCUGGCGGCUUCUCUGACAGGCAUGGGGUCAAGCAGUGCUGGAAGGACGGUCGCAGUGAGAGCGAGGAGGAAAGUGUGUUGCACCACCACCAAUGGAAGGGUAGGGGCAGUAUGCACGAUUGCCGUCACUGUGACCACCAGCAGCUCAACAGAGAUGGUAACUGGCGCUGCACAGAGGACAGAAGAGACACACUUCGGGAUGAUCACUGCAGUAAACAGGCGCUGCACUUUUCGAACCAGCUUCCCAGCCAGCUUCUGCCGCACCAGUUAUUUCCGAGCCAGCCCCUUCCAAACCAGCGAGGGCCGCAUUGCCUCGCUCGCUCCAGCAGCAGCAUCAGCAGCGGCAGCUUCGGCAGCAGCAGCCGGUGCUGCAGCAGGGGCAGGCACGAGAGGGGCGAGAGGCUGAGCAGGACCGUCAGCCAUGGCACGUGGCACGACACCCUCAUCGAGGGCUCUGACGGUUGUGAGACGCCUGCCAGUGGAAGCAGUCAUAUGAUUUCUCCGCACUAUGAUUCCGGUCAUGAUUCCCACCAGUAUCACCAGUAUCACCACCACCACCAGUAUCACCGCAAUUUUGACCGCGAGCAGUAUCACGACCAGUAUCAGCUCCAGCGUCACGGGCUGGGAGCAGGGAGUUGUGAGCACAUUGGCCAGCAGGACAAUGUCCCUCCUCCUCUACAGCGUGGCUGCCAGUGCGUCUUGCCUCGUCUCCAUCCCCCUCAGUUGUCCUCCGCCUCUUCCGUCUGCUCGCAUGGCUCUGUUACCCCCAGCCCCGCUUUUUCGCAUGCAACCUGCUCUGCUCCAUUCUACACCCCGCGCUCAGUUGCUGCCGGCUCUUCCGCAGUCUCCGCUGCCGGCUCUGGGCCAUGCACUCCUGUGGCCAUGAAACUGCAUAGUCAGCAGAAUCAGCAGCAGCAGCAGCAGCGGCGGCAGCAGCAGGGCGAGCUUCACGAGUGUCGGUACCAGCAGCAUCAGCACGAGCAGAAGCAGCUUUGCGAACAGCAGUGCGAGCGGCAGGGGCAAUCAGGGGCGCGAAGCUUCUCUGUCCUCGUCUCAGACUCGCCUGCCUGUUUUGCUGCUGCUACUGCUGCAGGUGAUACUGCUCUUAGCGCUCCUGUGAUUCCAACUGUUGAUGCCCCCAUAGUACCAGGAGCGUUGGGAGCAGGAGGAGUGGUCCAGAUACCCGCAGAGAGAGUGAUAACCUCAGAAGGAGUGAUACCAGGCGCACUAGGAGCAGCAGCAGCAGCACUACCUCCCCUCCUCCCAUCCAACUCCAGAAUUUCCUCUCUCCACUCUGCUUCCGCCUUCCCCACACCCUCCACCAUCUCCUCUCCUGCUGUCGCUGCCGCUGCGGCCUCUGCUAUCACUGCUGGUGCUUCUGGCUCUGCUGGCGCUGCUGGUUCUGCUGACGCUGCUGGUUCUGCUGGUGCUGUGGUUAUUAGUCCUGCAGACCCUGCUGCUGCUGCUGCAAUGGGGGUGGAAGUGCCGGCAUCUGCUGUCUACUCCAUGCUGCUUCAGCACCAGCAGCUGCUGCAGCUGCUGCUUGUCAGAGACACCCUCCUGGCAUCCUCCACCCCUGCUACAGCCAUCACUCCCACCAUUGUCACGCCCGUUACUGUGACACCCGGUACUGUUGGUAUUGGCAGUCGGAGCAUUGCGGGCAGCAGCAGGGGCUGGAGAAACGGUGGGGUAUUGGAGGAGGGUAUACCUGGUGUGGUGGAGGGCUGGGGGAGGGAAGAAGAAGGUCGAGUGACGCGAGAGGGACGUGUGGUGGAAGUAAUUCGUGGUGGAAAGCAGCAGCAGGAGGAGAAGCCGGUUGGCUGUUUCGGCAAGAGUGCCAGCAACAGUAGCAUUGGUAGCAGCAGUGGCAGCAGCAGUGCUGGUGGCGGCAGCUGCAGGUAUGGCAGCCGCUGCAGCAGAGAAGGUGCUUGGUGGGAGGGGGGAGGGCAGCAGAGCAACAGCAGUAGCACCAACGACUCCACCAAUUGCGGUGGUGGUGGUGGGUCAGGGAACCGCAGCAGCAGUGUAGCAGAUCUGCCUAAGGAACGAGAGCAGCUGCAGCUGCUAGCAGGGGGAGGAUCAAGCCAAAUUGAGCAGGCGGAAACUGCGAAGGAAGGUGGGGGGAGGGAGGAGGAUGGUCUGGGAGAUUGGACGGGGAAGGUGCCUGAACUGUGGAGGGGGAUGCAAUUGGCAGAGAGGGGAGGGCUGGUGGGCUCUAGUGAAGCGCUGGUUGCUGAUUCAUCGAAGGGCAAGAAUGCUCCAUCUCAAGGCCUGCAGGGCAUAAUCACUCCGCACACCUGCAACCAGGUGCACGUUUCUCAGAGGGUUAGCAGCAGCCCCGGCGUUCGUGCUACUGCUGCUGCUGCUGCUGCUGCUGCUGCUGCUACUGCUGCUUCUGCCUCUACUGUCGCUAAUAACCCUGUGCCUCUUCGUUUUGCCCCUGGAGCGUUUGCACAUGGAGUUAAAGGAGUGGGAGGCACGGAAGCUGGUGGUGGCGGUGAAGGCAGGAGAGGGAGUGGUCUGGUGGUGGGCAGAGGCAGCAGCAGUGGGCUGUGGACUGUUCCUUUCUGCUUUGGUGCUGCUGGUGGGGUGGUUGCUGUGUCUUGUUUGUGGCUAGCAACUGUAGCUGCAGGCAGGAAGGGGUGGUGAGUGAGUGAUAAUGGUUAACGCAGCUGGGCAGUUGUGUGACAUGUAGGAACUGCCAUUCACGUCUACUUGCAUUGGAGUGCAUCGUGAUUCAUGAAGUCCAACUUGCCAGCAUUAUCUCCUCAGCACUGUAGGACAUACCAUAUUCCCCCGUAUAUAACAUCCUAGGGUAUUGUCAAGAAAUCAUUAAAAAAACGAAUGGGUG